UGCUUAAAAGUACAAUUCAUAUAAUUUAACUUUUAAUUUAUUUAAUUUUAUAAAAACAUAUACAUGAAUAUGCUUCUGCAUUCACCAGCAACCUAGCAACACAGCCAGGCACUUGCAACAUAACAUAACAUUAUCAUAACAGAAUAUUAACGUUUUUUGCUGUUAACUCGUGUUCAAAUGUUAAUCGCAAUGUGGUGAAAUUCCAUGGAUUUAUUUAUCAGCCAAACAAUUUUACGUUUCAAAAAUUUGCACCUUCUCUAUCUAUCUAAGUUCUCUGACAUCAGCUGCAAAACAUGCAAAUACGCGACCGUAAUACCGGUGGGUGGCAUACGCCAAUUGCCGCAGAAUUAUUCGCUGGUGCGCAAAAUCUAAGCGAUAAAACAGGAAAUGGGUGAUGAAGUCAUAACGAAGGUUUGGUGCAGUCUAUGUUUAGAGGAAAUAAAUGCAACCUACCACUGCAUCAGUUGUACGCUAAAUCUGUGCAUGUCUGCAAGGAGGUACACGAGCGCCAGCGCAACACAGCAAAUCAUCGCAUACGGAAUAUUAUGGAGCUGAGACGCUCGCGUAAAAAGCAGCAAACACUCAGUGAGGAUAAUACGAAUUUCACACUAAAGUGUGGCAUGCAUCCGGGCUUCGAAAUGAAGUCGUUCUGCAAUAGUUGUUUGCAGAUCGCCUGCGCCGACUGCCUUGUGUUGCUGCACAAGGGUCACCGGCAUGAGUCCAUCCCAAAAGCUUUCACCAAUUACUCGAAACUGCUGCACGACGCCGUCGAUCAUACGCGUCCGCUCUGCAGCUAUGCAGAGCAUUCAAUUGAGCGUAUGAACGAGAUUGCCAAGCGCAUAUACAAAAAGUGUGAUGACAUACAAGCGCAGAUAGAGACUUUCACGCGCCAGUACUUCGAAGCGGUCGAAGUGCAUCGCAAGACGUUACUGCAACAGGUGCAUCGCGCGCGCGAAUCCAAAGUGGAGAUGAUACUCGAGCAGCAGCUGGAUUUAGAAAAACGCAAUAACGAGUCCAUUCAGGCAUUACGCUUUGCUCAGGAGCUGACCGAAAAUGGUUCCGAUGUUGAAGUGCUCUCUUUUCUGAGUGUUUUGUUGAAACGAUUCGAAUACUGUCAGCAAUUUAAAAUGCCCGUCGAUCCAAAG